UAUUUAAUAAGCACUCCUAAAUCCACACGCUAUAAAUUUAGCUCUUUUCUCACUUGUCACACUCCCAUUCACCACCACUACAUAAGCAGCACCGCCAUUGCCACCGCCACCGCCACCGCCACCAGCAACCACUAACCCACUGUAUGUGGGAUGGAUAUAAGUGGGUGACUGCAGGGAAUCCGUACAGAACAAUUACAAAAAUGGCAGGCUCAGGCUGGAAAGUAGUUUUUCUUUAUAUGGCAAUACUGCUUUUAGCCUCCUUUAUAUUGGGAGAAUCAGCAAUAGGAGUGAACUGGGGAACGGUGUCGUUUCACAAGCUGAAGCCUUCUACAGUGGUGGAUCUGUUAAAAGACAAUAAGAUAGAGAAGGUGAAGCUGUUUGAUGCAGACCCAGAAGUUAUGAGAAGUUUAAUGGGAAGUGGUAUUCAAGUUAUGGUUGGGAUACAAAAUGAUAUGUUGGCUCCUAUUAGCUCUUCUACUGCUGUUUCUGAUUUGUGGGUUCGCCAAAAUGUUUCAAGAUAUAUGGUAAAAGGUGGUGUUGAUAUCAGGUAUGUUGCUGUGGGAAAUGAGCCAUUCCUCUCAAGUUACUCUGGUCAAUAUCAGUCGUAUGUAUACCCUGCCAUGGUCAAUCUACAGCAGUCUUUAUCUAAAGCAAAUCUUGCUGGCUAUGUAAAGCUAGUGGUCCCGUGCAAUGCUGAUGCAUAUGAAUCAUCUCUCCCUUCUCAAGGGGCAUUCCGGCCGGAAUUAACUGAAAUAAUGACUCAAGUUGUUUCCUUCCUCAACUCAAAUGGAUCGCCUUUUGUCGUCAAUAUUUACCCAUUUCUUAGUCUCUAUGGGAGCACAGACUUCCCACAAGAUUAUGCAUUUUUUUAUGGGAGUACUCAUCCUGUUACAGAUGGGCCUAAUGUUUACAAUAAUGCAUUUGAUGGGAAUUUUGACACUUUAGUUGCAGCCCUCAGCAAAAUUGGAUACGGUCAGAUGCCUAUAGUUAUUGGGGAAGUGGGUUGGCCUACAGAUGGAGCCAUCAGUGCGAAUAUCUCUGCCGCCAAGGCUUUCAAUCAGGGCCUCAUAUAUCAUGUGCUAAGUAACAAAGGGACCCCACUUAGGCCAAAUGCUCCUCCCAUGGAUAUUUACCUUUUCAGCCUACUCGAUGAAGGGGCAAAGAGUGUACUUCCUGGAAAUUUUGAGCGGCAUUGGGGGAUUUUCUCAUUCGAUGGUCAGGCUAAAUAUCCGUUGAACCUUGGUUUGGGCAACAAAGAAUUGAAGAAUGCAAAGAAUGUCGAGUAUCUCCCAUCUAGAUGGUGUGUAGCAGAUCCUACCAAAGAUCUGUCUGAUGUUGCAAAUCACUUGAGAAUUGCCUGUAGUGUUGCAGAUUGCACAACGCUCAAUUAUGGGGGAUCAUGCAACGAAAUCGGAGCAAAGGGAAAUAUCUCUUAUGCAUUCAACAGUUACUAUCAACUCAAGAACCAGAAUGAACAAAGCUGCGAUUUCGAUGGGCUUGGUAUGGUUACAUUCCUAGACCCAUCUGUUGGUGAUUGCAAGUUUCUUGUUGGUGUUACUGAUACCAGUUCUUCAACUUCUAGACUAUACCACAGACGGAUUAUCAUUUGGAUCUUGGUGGAAUGGUGGAUUUGGGUUUCUCUAACCUGAAACGAAAUUUCGUUGAGUGGGUUUUUCAGGGUCCCCUCUUUUUAAACUAUUAGUCGUAAACAUAGGUGAGAGAAUACCAUAGUAAUUGGGAUGUUUACUCGAAAUGAUUGCAGGUAUUGUUGUAUGUAAUAGUGUAUUAUGUAGGAAAAAAUGGAGACUCAUAUUUAUUGAUCAUCCCAUCUUCAAUUUAUAUCAACUCAAGUUUUCAUGUUUGUUCUA